AUUCUGCUAAAAAUGCGGUUUAAAUCAGGUAUCUCCGCCAAUGGAGCACUUGGUGAUACCAGAGGGCACGUCAGAGCCAGCUUACCCGUGGUGGCAGCGCUACCAGCCCAUCUCGUACAAGUUCGAGUCGCGCUCGGGCAACCACGACGAAUUUGUUGACAUGGUACAGAGGUGUAACGCAGUCGGAGUCCGAAUUUUUGUGGACGCAGUAGUGAACCACAUGGCAGGCCUAGGCCGCAGCGGGACAGGUUCAGGAGGAUCUAGUUUCGAUUCAGACCAGCACGACUUCCCAGGAGUGCCGUACACCGACGUGGACUUCACACCCAGAGAAAUGUGCAAUUCCGGUGAUGGCAAUGUGAACAACUAUGGAGACCCUGAAAACGUACGCAAUUGCAACCUGGUUGGUCUCACCGACCUGUACGGCGCUUCUAGUGAAGUUCGCCAAAAAGUAGCCGAUUACUUCAGUUCUGCCGUGGACAUCGGAGUAGCUGGCUUCCGAGUAGACGCAGCUAAACACAUGUGGCCUGAUGAUUUGAAAGCAAUGAUGGACUUGACGAACAACCUCAACACUGACCAAGGUUUUCCUGCCAACACUCGGCCUUUCUUCUACCACGAAGUUAUUGACAGGAACGAUGGUGCUGUCACGGUGCAGCAAUAUUACGGACUUGGUCGCAUCACUGAGUUCCGCUACUGUCAGAAGAUCACGUGGGGCAUUGACGAUUUCUCGCAGUUGUGGGGAAUUUACGACCCUGGCUGGGGCAUGGCAGAUCCUGACAAGGCGUUCGUCUUCGUCGACAAUCACGACAAUCAGCGUGGGCAUGGUGGCGCUGGUGAUACGAUCACGUACAAGCAGCCUCACAACUACCGCCUCGGAGUGGCGUUCACCCUGGCCCAGCCAUAUGGCUUCACAAGAAUCAUGUCUUCAUAUGACUUCGGUACCGACACUGAUGUCGGCCCUCCUCACAAGUCUGACUGGAGCACUGAUGACGUGGUCGUCACUGCGGAUGGCCAGUGCAGUAACGGAUGGGUUUGUGAACACCGUUGGCCGUCUAUCACAAAAAUGGUUCGUUUCCGAAACGCCGUGGCUGGAGCGCUUACGGCAGACAACAAAUAUAACGACGGCAACGUUGUGGCCUUCUCGCGAGGAAACCUGGGCUUCUUCGCCAUGAUCAAGCAAGGCACCUUGUCUAUGAACCUGCAAACUGGAAUGCCAGCUGGGACAUACUCAGAGUUGGUGACAUGCGCCGAUGUCACGGUCAACGGAGACGGGACAGCGCAGAUCACAAUUACCAACGAGGAAGAACCAAUCUUCGCUAUCUGCCAAGGCUGCAGUUGUGAUGACGCACCUAUUGUGACCGCCACGCAGGGACCAGAUAUAACUCCAACCACCCCUGUGCCCACGACUCCUGGUCCCACGGAGCCCAGCAUCACGGACGGAGUUCACCGAACUGUCAUCUUCGUUCAGAAGCAAACAAACGACGGACAAGACCUCUUCGUCCGGGGCGGCAUCGACGCAACCGUUAGGCCAGGUUGCACCGACGACGUCACCACGGACCCAUGCGCGAUCGACCACACCGUGAACUCAUUGGGCACCACAACGCACUACGACAAGUACAACGCAUGGAGUGAAGGCGACACCAAACUUGACUGGUUCGGUGCUGAGGCUGGCCAAGGUACCUACGGGGGGCAGGCUGCAUCUGGAACUCCUCUUGCCUGGACCAGCAGCAACCCCAGCAACCCGGGAUACCAACCGCUCAACAAGUACGGCGACCAUUACUGGAUGCUGGACGUAGACAUGGACUGCAGUCAGACCGAGCAGGGCUGGUUCGAGUUGAAGGCGUUCGUCUCCAACUCUGGUGACGGAUGGGAGGGCGACAUUGCGCAGGCUGGCAACUGCAAGGGCGCGGCAGGCGGCAGUGCUCCGUAUGCUACGAAGAACCACGUCGGCCGCUGCGGGUACCUCAACGUCUUCAGUUUCGACUCGGGCUCUUGCACCGUCGAAAUAUUGGCUUAAUUCUUGGAAAUUUUCCACGUUGUAGCAAUCAACAAUAAAGUAUACACAAAAUUAAAAA